AUGAGUUCAAUUAAUAAUAAUAAUAAUAAUAACAAUAAUAAUGAAGAAUUAAAUGGAGAAGAAGAAGGCUGGAAUGAUUUAUCAUCACCGGAUUUAACAACUAAUACUAAUAUAGAUACUUCACAAAAUAUAAUACGAUCUCGUCUAAAUCAAGCAAGCACUACAACCACCACAGAAGAAGAAGAAGAAGAUAUUCAAGAUAUUUCACGUUCAUCAACUGAUCAAUCUUUAAAUUCAUCAAACACAAAAACACCUCAAUGGCAAAAAUGUACAUUAAAAAUAUUAGUACUUAUAGGUUAUACAAUAACAACAAUAUUAUUUUCAAUAAUUACUUAUUUACAUUAUUUUUUUAUAAGAUAUAGUUAUGAUGAAGAAACUGCUAUAAAUAUUUUAGAUGGAGUAUUUAGAGCUCAAGAAAAAGCUAUAAAUAAUUAUCAUAAAAGACAUAAUAAUGAUCAACGAUUAAAUUCAAUUGAAAUUCCACCUUCUUAUCAAUAA